AUGUCGUCAGCAUUAAGCGGUGAGAUUCAGCAUUGGAGGGAGCUGCAGGGAAUUGGUGGUGAAGAAGGAGGGAGUUGUGCGAGGCAAGGGGUGAGAGAGACUAAUGACGAUUGCGGUGACAAUGACGGGCAAUAUUUGCAAGGCAACACUAGAAAUGAGACCCCAAACCAAGCACCUCUCCCACCAAGGCCAACUCCCUGGCCAGUCAUUGGAAACCUCCCUGAAUUAUGGAAAAACAAGCCUGCGUUCAAGUGGAUUCUUGGCCUCAUGAAACAACUCGACACUGAUAUUGCUUGUAUCCGCCUGGGAAACAUUCAUGUUAUUCCAGUCACUUCACCUGAAAUUGCUCAAGAAUUCUUGAAAAAGUAUGAUGCAGUUUUUGCAUCGAGGCCUAUUACGAUGGCAACUGAUUAUGCUUCUCGUGGUUUCUUGUCAAUAGCGUUUGUGCCAUGGGGAGAUCAAUGGAAGAAAAUGAGAAAAUUGGUUGUUUCUAACAUAAUUAGUCCACAAAGACUUAGCUGGUUACUCCACAAGUGA